CCAAUGGCAGCUAAUAUUUUAAAUUUGUUAGUUUGGCGAUGAAAUCUUUAAUUUGAUCCGAUUAUGUCUAAUCUUAUUAACCGAUAACACAAACACCUCCAUUGUCGGCUACUUGUUUAGCGUCACUUGUGUUGUUAUAUUUUUAUUGUUUUUAGGUUAUACUGUAGAACCCCAGAAUAAUUUUGUGGUAACUCCACAUGAUCAAGAUCAUUUUACAUUAAAAAUGCAAACACCACCAGUUCAGUCACUUGGUGGGCAAGUCAAAGUUGAGUUUAAAGUACAACCAUCAGGGAUUUACAAUGGUACGCGAUGUGCUAAAUUCAAUAGAAUUGUUUUCGAUGAAAAGAAUUGGCAAGUACCACAACAAGUCAACGUGUCUUUUGUUGAUUACGGUUGUUGCAUAUACGGACUUACAGCAAACAGUGGUGGAUAUGAUUGGUUAUAUUCUGGAUUCUCAAUUUUUGUUUUCGGAUGUGAAAAACGAGAUGGAUAUGAUUGCAAAGAAAAAAAAUGUGUGCUCUGA